AGGGGGACUGAGCCUCAAACUGCAUCAUAUCUGAAGAGGCAUCGUUUCGGAAUGAAGGGUGUUGUAGCUCUGCUGGCGUUGCUGUUCUGUCUGUCUGGCGCAUGGGCUCAGGGAGGGAGUGGAGGGCUCAGAGAGAAUGACAUCACUCAACAGGGUCACAGCACAGGCAGAGAGGGCAUAGUGAGAGAAGUUCAGAUAGAGCGCAGAGGGACUGAAGCUAUGGGCAUGAUGGACGACCGCACACCCACGGAAGUUGACCUCUUGACUGAUGUGAAGGAGCUUAGAGACAUGGUGUACAAGCUGGGAACCAUCGUGGUGGAACAGAGAGAGAAGCUGAGGAACACAGAGGCCAGAGUGGCAGCCAGUGAGGAUCAGGUGAUGGACCUUAGAGUGGAGCAGAGAAUCACUGUGAAAGAAGUAGAGAAACUGGAGAAAGACAAAACAGCUUUGGAGGCCAGACUGACUGCCAGUGAGAGCCAGGUAGAGGCGCUGAAGAAAGAGAAUGGAGCCCAAUCAGCUGAACUGUCAACCAUGGGGGCCAGACUGACAGCCAGCGAGAGCCAGGUAGAGGCGCUGAAGAAAGAGAAUGCAGCCCAGUCAGCUGAACUGUCAACCAUGGGGGCCAGACUGACAGCCAGCGAGAGCCAGGUAGAGGCGCUGAAGAAAGAGAAUGCAGCCCAAUCAGCUGAACUGUCAACCAUGGGGGCCAGACUGACAGCCAGCGAGAGCCAGGUAGAGGCGCUGAAGAAAGAGAAUGCAGCCCAAUCAGCUGAACUGUCAACCAUGGGGCCCAGACUGACAGCCAGCGAGAGCCAGGUAGAAGAACUGAAGAAAGAGAAUGCAGGUAAUUCAUUUAUCCUUACUCGACGAAUGAAUUAGUAUGAACAAGAUUUUCUUACUCAUCUGGUUUAUGAGCAUUAACAGCUUACAUUUCCAUCAUUUCAGACCAAGCAGCCAAUCUGUCUGCCAUUAGCGCAAGAGUGACAUUCAGCGAGACAGAGGUGGAGGAACUGAAGAGAGAGAACGCAGACAGACCAAAGGUGGCCUUUUCAGCUGUUUUGUCAUCAGGAGUUGUAGGACCAUUUAAUACUGAAACCACAGUGGUCUACACUAGAGUCAUCACAAACAUUGGCCAAACCUACAACCCAACUACAGGAAUCUUCACAGCACCAGUGAGAGGGGUCUACAACUUCAGAUUCAGAGCUUGUAGUAACCAGGAUGUGGGUCGUACUGAUAUUGUAUUGUAUAAGA